AGCAGUCCCAAUUCUCUUUUGCAUAUUGUGGCCAGGCGAUCUGAUAUGGCUUCAUCUUCUUCCUCUACUCCAUCUUCUCAAUCCCCCAAGAAAUAUGAUGUUUUUAUUAGCUUUAGAGGUGAGGACACCCGCUUGAAUUUCACAAGCCAUCUUUAUUAUGCUCUUCGUGGAAAACAAAUAUAUACAUACAUCGAUGACAGACUCGAGAAAGGAGACGAGGUAUGGCCAUCUCUUGAGAAAGCCAUUGAAGAUUCAACUAUGUUCCUUGUGGUGUUCUCAGAAAACUAUGCAUCUUCCACGUGGUGCUUGAAGGAACUUGGCAAAAUAUUAGACUUCUGCAGAAAUCAAGGUCACCUUGUUAUACCUGUGUUCUAUCGAGUAGAUCCUUCAGCCGUGAGGAAGCAAUCUGGGAGUUACCAGAAAGCAUUUGAAAAACAUGAGCACAAAGGCAUCAACACGCAACAACGGCACAAGUGGAGGGAGGCUCUCACUCAUGCUGCCAAUUUAUCCGGUUGGCAUUGUAGCCCCGACAGGAAUGAAGCAGAGCUAAUUACAAACAUAGUGAAAUUUGUUAAGCAGAAGUUGGACUAUAUGUAUCAAAGUAAAGAUAAUCUGAAAGGCUUGAUUGGAAUUCAGAAAAGAAUGGCGGCUGUAGAAUCAUUGUUGUGUAAAGGUUCAAAUAAUGAUGGUUGCCAAUUCAUUGGCAUUUGGGGCAUGGGCGGUGUGGGCAAAACAACUCUUGCAAGAGCAUUGUUUAACAAAUUGUGUUUUACAUAUGAUGGGUUUUGCUUUUUGGCUAAUGUAAGGGAAGAAUCAAGGAGACAUGGAAUAGAUGCUUUGAGGGGAAAACUUAUUUUGAAGUUAUCAGGGGAGAAAGAAUCUCACAUUGGCAUGCUUGAUGCAUUAGAUCCUUAUGCCAUGAGUAGUAGACUUGAUCGGAAAAAAGUUUUCAUUGUGCUUGAUGAUGUUGAUGAUGUUGAGCAAUUACAAAAUUUAGUUGGAAGAUAUGAAUUUGGAUCAGGUAGUAAAAUCUUGAUAACGACCAGAGAUAGGCAUGUGCUUGAUGGUAUAAAAGUGGUUGAUAUAUAUGUUCUUGAUCAUUUGAAUUCUUAUGAAGCUUUUGACCUAUUCUCCAUCAAUACCUUCAGAAACAACUAUGCUGACAAGAAGAUAAAAAAGCUAGCAAAAAAAGUGAUUCAAUAUGCAGAUGGAAAUCCAUUGGCGCUAAAGGUUUUAGGCUCACUCUUGAAUGGCAAAAAUCAAGAAGCAUGGGAAAGCCAAUUGGACAAGCUUCAAAAAUUUCCUUGUGUACAAAUUAAUCAUAUCCUCAAAUCGAGCUUCGAAGAACUUGAUAAGGAAGAGAGAAAUAUUUUCAUGCACAUCGCAUGUUUCUUUGAUAAUUAUAAUAUUGAGGAUGUAAAACACAUGUUAAAUGCAUGUGGUUAUUCAACCGAUAUUGGAUUGAAAAGACUUGAAGAGAAAGCUCUUUUAGAUGUUCAUAAGAAAAGAAUAGGUAUGCACCAUCUGAUAAAAGAAAUGGGUAGAGAAAUUGUCCGUGACGAAUCAUUAGAGGGUGUUCCUAACAAGUGCAAUAUAUUAUGGAUUUUCAAGAAUAAUUCUGAAAUAUUAAAGAAAAAAAUGGUGAGUGCAGCCAUUGAAGGCAUGAUUAUGGACCUUUCGGAAGUUGAAGAGAUGUACAUAAUUAUUGAAGCCCUUUGUUUAAUGCCCAAGCUAAAGUUUCUUAAAUUUUAUGGAAAUUUUAAUGGUCAGUUCAGGAAGAAGUUAAAAGUUUCUUCUCGUAUGAAGUCUUUGCCAAGAAAUCUCAUGCUACUGGAUUGGGUGGGAUGCCCUUUAAAGGCCUUGCCGACAAAAUUCAAGUAUGAAAAUCUUGUUGAAAUAAACAUGCCCAACAGCAAUUUGACAAAACUUUGGGAAGGAGAGCAGAAUCUUGUGAAUUUAAGCAGAAUAGAUCUUCGUGAAUCAAAAGACUUGAUUGAGCUGCCAAAUUUUUCCAAGGCCAUACAUCUUGCAGAAGUUGAUCUCGAAG